AUGCGUGUUAUCGCCCUUUCCCUGGCCAUAGGGCUAGCUGCUGCAUUGGAAAAUGGACUUGCACGAACUCCUCAAUUAGGAUGGAACACUUGGAAUUCAUUUGGCUGCAGCAUGAAUGAAACUGUCAUUCUGGACGCAGCAAAACUAAUUGUCGAAUUAGGCUUCAAGGAUCUCGGGUAUAAUUAUGUUGUGCUGGAUGACUGCUGGUCUGCCGGUCGGAACUCUUCUGGAUACCUCGUUCCGGAUAGCCAGAAGUUUCCCAAUGGAAUUGCCGACGUCGCAGAUAAAAUUCAUAGUAUGGGAUUGAAAAUUGGAAUUUAUUCCAGCGCCGGUACUAUGACUUGCGCGCGUUAUGCAGGUUCCUUGGGAUUUGAGGAGAAGGAUGCCGCGGUCUGGGCAAGCUGGGGAAUCGACUAUCUCAAAUAUGAUAACUGCUACAACCAAGGUGAAGAAGGCACGCCCAAGCUUUCAUAUGACCGGUAUAACGCAAUGGGUAAGGCAUUGAACGCUACUGGUCGGCCAAUCCUCUAUUCACUGUGCAAUUGGGGUUCUGACGGACCGUGGAACUUUGCCCCAACCAUCGCCAAUUCCUGGCGAACAAGUGGUGACCUGACCAAUGUGUGGGAUCGCGUGGAUGCAAACUGUCCCUGUGCUGAAUUGGACGGUCUCGAUUGCAAGCUUCCGGGAUAUCACUGCUCAGUUAUGAAUGUGCUCAACAAGGCAGUAUAUUACCCAUCCAAGGCAUAUGCUGGCGCGUGGAAUGAUCUGGAUAUGCUUCUGGUCGGAAAUGGUGGUCUUACUGACGUUGAGGCCAUCUCACACUUCAGCCUAUGGGCAGCCUUGAAGUCACCAAUGUUAAUGACAAACGUAAUGACCAAGAUCGACGGCCCGACUUUGUCUAUCCUGCAGAACACCGCCGUCCUGGCAGUAUCCCAGGAUCCUCAGGGCUCAAGUGCCGUGCGGAUCUGGCGUUACUACGUCGACGGCGGAGAGAUCCAGAUGUACAGUGGUCCUCUGAGCGGAGGUGACCAAAUCGUCCUGCUGUUGAACGCUGGAACGAAGGCCCGCGACAUGAACGCCACCCUGAAUGACAUUUUCUGGGAGAAUGGACCCGAAGGAACUGCGUCGCAGGCUAAGAGUAGCUGGGAUGUGUAUGACCUGUGGGCUGGACGGAUGAGCAAUGACACUGCAAAUGCGAUUAUCCAAGGUGGUGAGAAUGCGACGCGGCCGAUUAACAUGACUUCCCAGGGUGGAGCGAGCAAGGUCUACUCACAGGUGCCAUUGCCAACGUCCAACGCAUUGAUGGGCUCGAAAGUUGGCACUGUCAAGGCUGGUGGACGUGUGACUGCGCAUGUACAGCCGCAUGGAGUCGCUAUGUUGCGUCUUCGACAGAUUAAGACGAAUGACGAGCUUUGA